ACGGCUGUUCUCAAGCCCCCAAGGCAGAAACGCUCCAAGGCGAGCGCUUGAGGUCAAAUGCUAGACGAGGGGCGCGUGUCCGAGUCCCGUGCAGACCAGGUCACGCAAUGUCCGAACGGAUAUAACACAAAGGCGCUUCAUUCAAACCUUUAGCUCUUCCGCCCCAAUCUCUUUCGCAACUCUCCUCUUUAUCUCUCUGUAAUUACAAUGGCUGGUGGCAAAGGCAAGUCGGGAGCUGAAAAAGCUGCCAAACCCGCCGGCAAAUCGCGCUCCUCCCGUGCUGGUCUUCAAUUUCCCGUUGGCCGUAUCCACCGUCUCUUGCGCAAGGGCAACUAUGCUCAGCGCGUGGGAGCUGGUGCACCUGUGUACUUGGCUGCUGUUCUCGAGUAUCUCGCUGCGGAAAUCCUUGAGCUCGCUGGUAAUGCUGCGCGUGACAAUAAGAAAACCCGUAUCAUCCCCCGCCACUUGCAGUUGGCCAUUCGAAACGAUGAGGAGCUGAACAGGCUUCUGGGCAACGUCACCAUCGCUCAAGGUGGUGUCCUUCCCAACAUUCACUCUGUCUUGCUCCCCAAAAAGUCGAAAACUGGAAAGGGUGAAAAGGGCGGCUCUCAAAGCCAGGAAUACUAGUCCGUUCCCAAUCCGGCAAUGAAAUAGUGUACUUGUGUGUGUGUAUAUACUUUUGAAAAACAGCUGCAGAAUAUAUCAAAGCUUGUUGCAUUUGGUCAACUCUCGUCCUUUUGACCGGCAGAAUGCAAUGAACCUCUCGC